AUGGGGGAGGUGAGGAAGCUGCAGAAGAAGUUGAGGCAGAUUGAGAAUCUGGAAAUCAAAAUCAAUCUCCUUCCCGAGGAAAGAUUUAAGAUCUCCAGGAAGGAGGAGUUGCGGCGCAGAUUGGCGGAGAUUCAGCCGCAGCCCUGUGGCCCGCAGCGAGCUCCAGAGAACCGACAGGCAGACAUGAAAAGAGCAGGCUCUCGUUUUGGGCACUGGCACAGGGAGGACACCCCUGAGGGCCUUCCAUCACAAGCGCCCCCAGCCUCAAAGAUCCUGAGGCCAGGGACAGGAGGGUCAGCGGCGACGGCUCGGCGACAACUGAGGGCACCGCAUGUCGCGCCAGUGUCACAUGAAGGACAAGACGCGUCUGAGGAGCGACAACCAGCACAAGAAGACAAAGAGCUGACAUCUUUGAAAACAUGUUGGCAGAAAGCAAAGUUUCGCUUGAGACUGUUGGAGGGUCACAAUGACAUCAUCACUUGUGUGCUUGCGGUUGACAACCUGGUGGUUUCUGGAAGCCGCGAUACCACUGUCAAGGUGUGGCACGUUCCCACGGCGACGGAGCACAAGAACCUCGGGGGUCACGCCGGUGGGGUCACCUGCCUGUCUGCCCCUCCGCCCGUGUACUGCAAGAAGCUGGCCUGGUUGCUGUCGUUGUCAGACGAUGAGAGGUUUAUAUUGAGCGGCUCGGCAGACUGCAACGUCAAGAUCUGGGCCCUGAGCGUUGGCCAGUGUGUGAAGUCUAUCUACACGUUCAACGCUGUGACGGCGCUUUGCUUUGUGCCUGAGGGCGACGGCUACAUCGUCACAGGAUCAGACGGGGGCAAGGUUCAAGCCUGGAGCUGGCGAGCUUUGGAUAACUGCCAAUCAAUCAACGCGCACCAGGAAGCAGUCACCUCCAUUCAGGCUCAGGGACCGCUGGUGUUUAGCGGCUCGUCCGACGGCGCGGUGUCCGUGUGGGAAAACCGCUGUAGUGAGCGAGACCCCCUGAAACGGCUGCACUACUGGAACGGUCAGGUGACCGGCUGCGGAGGGGGGCGUCUUGUCCUCAGCCCCCGGGGGGACCGAGUGCUGAUGGCCUACGGACGGGCCUGGAUUAAGAUACUGCACUGGACUACGGGAACCGUAUCCAGACUGACCAAUCACGGCAGUGUCACUGGUGUGACAGAUUGCGUCCACCAGACUGCCGGCCUCCUAAUUAGCUCCUGCUACGACGUGGGCAACGGCGAGAGCGCGCUCAAUCUAUUCUGUCUCCCUCAAUGUCACUACCUGGCCUCGCUGACCUGGCCCCUAGCCCCAAGAAUCCUUUGCUUUGCCGCGUGGACCACAGGGAGCGGCGACCACCGCUGGGUCAGCGGCGGGCGCGACCUCGUCGUAUGGGAGCAGCUCCCCAACUCCGGCAAGCAGAGGGGUGAUAUAACGGUGAAGAGAGACGUCCGCCUAGAAUCGCCACUGGAGUCCGAGGGGGACACAGAAGAUGAUGAAGAGACCGAUGAACACCUUGAUGAUGACGAGGACGAGGACGACGACGACGCGCGAGGAGGAGAGGAGGAGGGCUCGGGGGCAGCCGAGAUGAUCGGCACGCUGGAGUGUCAGUGA